CGCUUUCAGGUUCGGUCGUAUCGGCCGUCUGGUGACUCGAGCUGCCUUCACCUCCAAGAAGGUGGAGAUCGUGGCCAUCAACGACCCGUUCAUCGACCUCGAGUACAUGGUUUACAUGUUCAAGUACGACUCGACUCACGGACGCUUCAAGGGCGAAGUGAAGAUCGAAGGCGACAAACUGGUGAUCGACGGACACAAAAUCACCGUUUUCCACGAGAGGGACCCGGCCAACAUUAAAUGGGGUGAAGCUGGAGCUCAGUAUGUGGUCGAGUCCACCGGAGUCUUCACCACCAUCGAGAAGGCCUCAGCUCACCUGAAGGGCGGCGCCAAGCGGGUCAUCAUCUCUGCCCCCAGCGCUGACGCCCCCAUGUUCGUGAUGGGCGUCAACCACGAGAAGUACAGCAACUCGCUGAAGGUGGUCAGUAACGCCUCGUGCACCACCAACUGCCUGGCUCCUCUCGCAAAGGUCAUCAACGACAACUUUGGCAUCGUCGAGGGUCUGAUGAGCACCGUUCACGCCAUCACGGCCACCCAGAAGACGGUGGACGGACCGUCCGGGAAGCUGUGGAGGGACGGCCGCGGUGCCAGCCAGAACAUCAUCCCUGCCUCCACCGGCGCCGCCAAGGCCGUGGGGAAGGUCAUCCCCGAGCUCAACGGAAAGCUGACCGGCAUGGCCUUCCGGGUUCCCACCCCCAACGUGUCCGUGGUUGACCUGACCGUCCGUCUGCAGAAACCUGUGAGUCGCCACACGUCUAAUUAA